CUAUGUCAUUUUCAAGGUCUCCUCUCUCAGUGUCUUGCCGACGUGGUGGAUUUCCCCUACAGUUGGCAUGCACUGGACACUAUGUAUAUACUAUAUAGUAUAUAGUACAAUGAGCGCCGGAAUCAGUGUUUUUGAACAACCGUAGAAAAUGUUGUACUUAGAAGUGAGUGAAUGAAUGCAACAGAUGUUUAUAUGCCUGCAACAUUUGAUUAGUAGCCUCGUGGGGGAAUCCCGUCGAUGUAGAAUGAUAAACAUGCCUGUUGUUAAUCGUUCACCGGAUGGGUACUUUGAUCUAUUAACAAAUGCCGUUUCUGGAGUUUGGUGUCAAGCUUUCGAAUGCUGUGAUUCUACGUGGGAAAACGCCGACAUCUCACGUUUGGAUUAUGAACUGCAAGAAAAACUGUAUGGGCAACACAUAGCUCAUGACUUAGUUGUCAAUGCGAUAAAAAGUCAUGUGAAAGGUAAUAAUCAUAAACCUUUAGUGAUGAGCUUUCAUGGCUGGCCGGGCGGUGGGAAGAAUUAUGUUACAAAGUUUAUCAUGAAGAACUUAUUCAAGAAUGGCGAAACUGAUAAACAUGUGCACAUUUUUUCUGGGAAAGCUCAUUUUCCUUUAAUUGAAGAAGUUUAUUUAUACCAGCACCAACUGAAAACUUGGAUUAGAGGGAAUGUGAGCCGGUGUUCUACAUCAAUGUUCGUUUUUGAUGAAGUUGACAAAAUGCCACCUGGCGUUUUUGAUUCUAUGAAGCCUUAUCUUGACCAUCACGGAUGGUUUGAUCACGUUGAUUUUAGGAAUGCAAUUUUCAUAUUUCUGUCCAACACUGGAAGUAAUGUAAUUACUAGGACAAUGAUUGAGCUUUACAAAAAUGGGAGAAAACGUAAUGAUCUCAAAUUAAGUGAUUUUGAAAACCUAAUAGCCAGUGGUGCUUUCAAUGAAAAAGGUGGCCUUCAUGGAAGUGAUACUAUUGCUGGCAAUGUGAUUGAUCAUUAUGUACCAUUCCUCCCAUUAGAAGAGGAACAUGUAAAGAAAUGUAUCCGUGAUGCAUUUGAAAGCAAGACCUCUCAACCACCUUCGAACAGUGAUUUAGAAGAAGUUUUGGAAUACUUAACAUAUGGCCCAGAGGAAAUGAAAAUAUUUUCAAACUCUGGAUGUAAAAGAGUUUCACAGAAGGUUGCAACAGUUGUGGAAAAGAAGAGGUACGCUCCAAGACGUACAGAGCUUUGAAUUGUUUUUGAUCAUUAUAUUUACUUUCAGUAUAGAAUCUUUGAUCUUACCGUGUCUGAGCAUUUUAUGUCUUGUAUCAGAUUUUUAACCCACUAUAUAGCAAAAGUUGUUGUGAUGUGAACAAUUUACUGAAAGCAAUUUUUUAUGUUUAUUGUACAAUGUUUUAUAGGCAGUGUAAUUGUGUGUGUGUGUGUGUGUGUGUGUGUGUGUGUGUGUGUGUGUGUGUGUGUGUAGGGAGGAGAUGGGUUAACAGAUGUUUGUAUGGCAUGUUUUCCAAUACUUGAUUGGGUCCAUAAUUGAAACACUUUUAUUUUCAUUGCUUGUUAUAGGCAUUAAAAGCUAACUGUGAUACUCCUUUUUAUUUUGUUGCACUAUUUUGUCUGUAAGUGGCUGAUGUAAAAAAAAAAAGGUGUAAAAUAUAUAAAGUAUAGCUUUGUUGCACAUUACAGCAUGACACAAGUGCAGCUUAAAAACCUUAUGCUGGUUUACCAUAGACAUUAUAAGACGGCAGCUACUUUUUAAGACAGCAGAAAUGAGUGUUUGCAUAUUGUUUUGUAUGGAUUGAAUAAUGUACUUCGAUAUGCACGCAUAAGUUAUUUGUGAAUAAAUACAGAAAGCGCAUAUUUAUAGAACAUUGUAUAUGAGAAAUAUUUUCAAUGCAGUAAUCGUACUAAGGAUCUUGUGAUAUUUCUGUAAGUGUACUUUGUUACGCAAUAAUGUAAAA